AUGGCCCAGAAGCAGCUGACUCUAAGAGUGCUACCAACUGAGCCGCAGCUGGCACAAGAUUCUUUAAAUGUCUACGGCGGGAGACCGUUACCCUCCCACAUGGGUCUUCAAGGGUGGGUGGGGCCAGUGGUGUCUCCCCUGGGGAAGAUGGCGGCGCCCGUCCUGCUGCUGCUCUUCAGCGGGAAGAGAAAAUCGGGAAAGGAUUUUAUCACCGACUCCAUCCAGAGCCGGUUGGGAGUUGAAAACUGCACCAUCCUGAGACUGUCAGCGCCCAUUAAGGAGCAGUACGCCAAGGAGCACGGACUGGACCUGGAGCAGUUACUGGGGUCCAGUGGGUACAAGGAACGAUACCGUGGAGAGAUGAUCCGCUGGGGGGAAGAGCAACGUGCCAGAGAUCCCGGCUGCUUCUGUCGUUUAAUCAUAAAGGAUGUGACGCAGCCUAUCUGGCUUGUCAGUGACACCAGGCGGAAGUCCGACGUGGAAUGGUUCCAGUCACAUUUCGCCCGGGCAGUGCAGACAGUGCGAGUGUCUGCUUCGGAGGAAACCCGCAAACAGAGAGGCUGGACCUUCACUCCAGGAGUGGAUGACGCGGAGUCGGAGUGCGGCCUGGACCGGGGCGUCCGGUGGGACUGGAUCCUGACCAACGAUGGAGGGCCGGACGGGCUGGAGCUGCAGCUGCGACCCCUGAUGGAGUUCAUCCGCAGCCGGUUACCGCAGUGACGGGCCAGGGCAGCGGGGUCGGAGGUCACUGCGGUAGGCCCGA